CAGAAACGCGCAUAUGUUUCGUUGUCGGGCGUCAAUAAAUCUCAAAAGAAGCAACACGUAGCCAUAGCAUUCCUGUAACCCUGGUGCUCCAGUGAGCUCGCAGUUUUCAAGCUUAUCGGGCUGACACUAAUAUACAGAACAAGUUUUCUUCUUGGUGAACUUGGAUGAUCACCACUACCAGCCAUGUCAUCAACGUCUCAAAAACAUAGAAACUUUGUGGCAGAACCCAUGGGUGAGAAAUCUGUCAAUGCUCUUGCUGGCAUUGGAGACGUCCUCGGCAAACGAUUGGAGUCCAAAGGUUUUGACAAGGCAUAUGUUGUCCUUGGGCAGUUUCUAGUGCUGAAAAAGGAUGAGGAGCUUUUCCGGGACUGGCUGAAGGAGAUCAGUGGAGCCAACAUUAAACAGCAACAAGACUGCUACACUUGUCUGAAAGAGUGGUGUGACGCCUUCUUGUAAAUCCCUGUUGUCUUUUAUUUUUGUAGAUGCCGGUUAAUUGUGACUAUUUUGAAAUCAUUCAAUAAAAUGCAGUUUUAACUGUCUGUGAACAUGGACAAACACCAA